GAGUGGGUGGUGAUCGUGGUGAUUGUUUUGGUUUUAUUUGAAUGGAUUUGAUUUCAACAUGACGAUUUUCAUGUUGAGCAACUAUCCGAAGCUGUGUCGGUUAUGUUUGUUGAUGGUUCCUGAAAAUGAAUCCAUGGCCCUAGAUGCGUUCGAUCCGAUUCUUAAAGAGACGGUGGGAGCAUUUGUGGAAUCAAUUACCUUUAAAAUCUCUGAGGAAAAUUUAAGCUUCCUGCCCAAGGAAGUUUGCCAGGCUUGUUUAAACAAAGUUCGCAGGUAUGCAAAAUUUUGUCACCAGGUUAAAAUGGUCCACCGACUCAUGGACAGUAUGGCUGAGCAUAAACUUCUGAACACCGAACCGCUCCGAACGCUUUUCGAAAGUUCGCCUAAUCUUGUAGAAAUGCUCAUAGAAAUGGGUCUAUGUACAAAAACGGACGCCACCGUUCAGGACUUGUUAGAUGAAUUUCCUAGCUAUGGCUUUGAGGAGAAACCUUCGAAUGAGGAAGAACCGCUAGAAGAGGAAGGAUCAAAUCAAAUAUUCAUGAUUGAGGAGAGUCAUAUGGAUGGUUCAACAACAGAUGGCAGUAGUAACGAAGAGUCGGACGAGAAAUUCAAGCCUCGAACACGAAAAGCAGCCGGUAGACCGCGCAUAGAGACGAAAUCUGGCAAGGUCUCGGAACCGCUGCAAUGCACUCAAUGCAAGUUCAAGACAUUCUACAAAAAGAACUUAGCAGCGCACCAGGAGCGACACGUUCGAAAAACGCACAAGCUCUACGAAUGCUUGAAAGACGGGUGCACGGAAACCUUCACCGAUGUCCGGUUGUACAGGAAACAUUCGCUCAAUGCCCAUAAAUCGUUCGUCUGCGAAGAAUGUGGAUUGCUGGUGCCGACAAAGUUUGGAUUAAAAACUCACAUGGAACGGCACCAGAAGCAGUACGGCUAUCAAUGUCCGUACUGCGAUGCUCGGUUCAAUGCAAAGCACGACCUGAGUACGCACAAACGGCGGGUCCAUCUGAGCGGAACCCACGAGUGCGAUCAGUGUGGACAAAAAUUUAACAGGAAGGAUCGACUGAAUGAUCACAUCGCUCGACACAUGGGCGUUCUAAAGCACGAAUGUCCGGUGUGUGGUAAAAAGUUUGUUACAGCCGCGAAACUUAAAAAGCACCGGGACAACGUACACGAUAAAAAGUCCAUUCCUUGUGAGCACUGUGGCCGAACUUUUAAUCAUUUGACGUUGCUGAGAGAUCAUAUUGAAUAUGCGCAUGGGAUCCAGCAACGAUUUGUCUGUGACAUUUGUCUACAGUUGUUUUAUAGCCAGGAAGCCUUGGAUUCGCACAGGUUGCGCCACGAAAAUCCAAAAAAGUUGGAAUGUAGCCGCUGUUUGGAAGUAUUCCCCAGUCAGGAGCAGUUGGGCGAUCAUUUGUGCAUUACUUACAGGAAUGAUUAUGUUUGUUGCGGUCGGGAUCACCACAACCACGGGAUGUACAACCGACACAUGUUCAGCGAGCACGGGUUGAAAACGAAUGUCCGAGUUAAACCGGUUCCCGGUCAAAUGCUGGGACAAAUACGAGCCAAACGGAAAAGAAAAUAAAAUGAUGUUCGGCUGUUCAAAAUAAUGCUUUUCUGUGGUUAAAAUUUUUCGAACGACUUCUUGAAAAUUUAUUCAAUUCUCGAACCAAAUUUCAAUUUACUUUGUCCUCAAGUAAACAUCUCAGAUAUCUAUUGGAUAUGUCCCAAACGAUGUUAAGCAAUCACUUGCACGACUAACCUUUCCAGCAUCAAAGCAGUAGAUGAUCAAUAGAUGAUCUCGUCCCCGAGUUAGGUAUUCACGAAUUAAAGAGCCAAUAAAAGGAAAAUACAUACCUUUCGGAAGAUUUCGAAGAACUCCUAUUUCAAAAGUAGAAAAGCCAAAGUUGUAUCUCGUGUGUUUUCUUCAGCUGCCCUUAUUUUUAACUAAAGUCUGUUCCAAGGUCUUUUAUACUUAUCCAUGUUGGUCUGCACUAUCGAGAGCUGCUCUGCAAGUUUCUAAGUGCUUCUUUUUCAACGCUCUAGUUUCGAAUAUCAUCUCACAAAAUGAACAACUUUCAACGCGUUUCUAGAAAAAAAAAAUGUUGAAGAAAAGUAAAGUUUAGAAAACUACCACUCAGAUUAUUACCCUUUUCGCUCUUGCUACACCCAUCAGUUCGCCGGGUACAGGUUUCACUCUCGCAUUCGUACGCAUACCGUGAGCUUGAUACAUGUGCUUAUUAUAGGUCGUAUGAUGACGUCGAUCUCUGCCACAGCAAAAAUAGUUGUCCCUGAUUA